AGCCAGGCUGCCCAGCUCAAACGCUUCGCAGUGUCCUGGGAGCAGAAGGGAAGGAAGAAAGCAAGGGCAAGAAAAAUCAACAGGGACACAGAGGAGAAAACGAAGUGGAGAAACAUGGAUACUUCCCAGACACACAGCUCUGAAAGCAUGUCACGGGACCUGUCAGAACUCAUGAAGGAAGCCACCAAGGAGGUGCACGAGCAGGCAGAGAAUACACUCUUCAUGAAAAAUUUCCAGAAGGGGCAGGUGUCACUCCAUGAAUUUAAGCUGGUUACUGCCUCCCUGUAUUUCAUCUACUCUGCUCUGGAGGAAGAGAUCGAACGUAAUAAGGACAACCCAGUUUAUGCCCCUGUUUAUUUUCCGGUGGAGCUGCACCGGAAAGCUGCCUUGGAGAAAGACUUGGAGUACUUCUAUGGCAGCAAUUGGAGGGAAGAGAUCCCAUGUCCUGAGGCUACUCAGAAAUACGUAGAGAGACUCCAUUACGUAGGCAAGAACCAUCCAGAGCUCCUGGUGGCCCAUGCCUACACUCGAUACUUGGGAGACCUGUCUGGGGGGCAGGUGCUGAAGAAAAUUGCCCAAAAGGCCCUGCAGCUGCCCAGCACUGGAGAAGGGCUGGCUUUCUUCACCUUCGAUGGAGUCUCUAACGCCACCAAGUUCAAACAGCUCUAUCGCUCCCGCAUGAAUGCCCUUGAGAUGGAUCGUGCCUAGCGCAAAGGGGUCCAGCGAAAGAAGAAGUCCACGUAAUGAGACAGUGUGCAUUCUUUUCAGGUGUUUGAGGCACUGCAGGAGCUGGUGUCUAAGGGCCAGGAGAACGGUCAUCCUGUGCAGCUGAAGGCAGAGCUUCGCGCAAGGAACGCUAACAAAUCACAUGAACAUGGUCCAGGGCCUGGGAAAGAAAGAGAGAAGACAAAUAUGAGACACACAGAAAUGCUACCCACCACUCCCCUUGUGCGGUGGAUCCUUGCACUCAGCUUCCUAGCCACAACAGUCGCCGUGGGCUUAUUUGCCAUGUGAACAAAUAGAACCGUCACCUUCUCUUCAUGCCUUCCCUCACCCUGAACUAAUCCAUCUUCCCCAGGCCUUCUGAGAGAAAUUCUCCUUGGCUGGGUGCUGUGAUCUUGGCUCUGUCACUAACAUUAGGAGGCUUCUCUCCCCAGAAAGCAAAGAGAGUGCUAAGGGGGUUCAGGCAAAGUCUCUCCUGUGCUUGGUGUGAGCUAUGCCAGAGACUAAAUUUAUCACCAGAACAUAAGGGCAGAAAAGGCCUAAAAGCAGUGGCCAGGAAUUGUCAUUGUUUUAUAGAACUCCUGCAAAAAUCCUACAAAAUCAGAAACGCAGGUUUGACAUCAUGUUUUGCCUCAGAAAGAAAAAGCUCCCCGGAGCCCUGUUUGCUCAAUAUUUUAUAUGGCUAGCUGAUACUGUGAUCACUAUUUCUGUGGAGCCACAUGGUUCCUCUGGGUUAUAGACUGUUUUAUAUGACACUAGUAGGUUAAAUCUUUUUCCAAUCACUUUUGGUUUUUAAAAAGCAGAACACAGUUGUUGAAGAUACAGUGUUGAUCUUUUGUCUUGUUAUA